GGACCGUAUGACUACAAUUCCAUCAUGCACUAUCGUUCCACGAUGUUUGGAAAUGGUCGUACCACCAUCAUUGCCAAGAAGCCUGUCGCCUUCAUCGGGUACAUUGAUGAUCUCUCAGCGCUCGAUGUUAGGAAGAUUAACACGGUUUACCAUUGCAAUCAGACGCAGUGCGCCCACCCUGCACUUCCCGCGGGAGGAAUCCUCGUGGCCGACAACAUUGACGUUGGAAGGGCAAAGAUAGAGUAUUCCUGUAAGAAUAACUACCAAGAUAUCAGAACAUCGCUGGUCGGAAGUCAUUAUCGCCACUGUACCAAGUCAGCGGAAUGGUCGGGGAGGCUUCCCGCUUGCCUUGAAUCGGUAAGCCAUUACUGUGAUUUCGAUGAGAAGCUUUGCGGCUGGACACAACUGACUACGGACAGCGCUGACUGGCUUUGGAAGCAAGGCAAGGCGGACUCUUGGCCGGACAGUGGGCCUCCUCAGGAUCACUCUUUAGGAUUCGAUAAUCACGGGCGAUACAUGCUUCUGUCCUCGCAUAAAGUCGCCAGAAGGAGAAAGGCUAUCUUGAAAUCGCCGGCGCUGUCGCUUCCAUCCAACGAGACACUUUGCUUGAGGUAUUACUAUUACAUGUCCGGCUUUCGGAUGGGUAACCUCGUGGUCAAGACUGUCAGUUAUACUUCUCCUGGCGUCAAGGCUUUAGCAGCAUGGCAUUAUGGUAACCAAGGUGACAACUGGUUGGAGGAAAAUGUCAAUGUUUCGCCCGACACGAAGUUUGUGAUCUUCGAAGGAGUGACAAACAGAAAAGGCAGUAGUGACAUUGCUAUUGAUGACGUCAUGAUCGCGCCUUGCUCUGCGUUGAUGAGGAGCCCACACCAAUCGUUCUACGCGUCGGGGAUGGGAAAGGUGGUGCUCGGUGAUGUCGAUGGGGAUAACAGUACUGGAGGUAUAACCGGCGAUGCGGCCACUGCCUUCAGCUGUGACUUCAACUCUGACGACUGUUCAGUCACAAGUCAAAGGUGGUCUGUGGUGUCUCCUCCGGCCAGUGAUGAUACUCUUCCCUGCCAUCGGGUUCACUGUGGAAGGAAGCGUGGAUGUAUGGACGAGCUGCCUCAAGCCUUCCAGGCGAUAAACCCUUACAAGGAGGUAACAAUUCUUGGUGUCAGCAGUGGCGAUAUAUGCUCUAAGCUAUGCGAAGAGAACCCCAGAUGUGCCGCAGCAACCUACGCUAUUGAUUUGAGGAAGUGUUACGAACACUUUGAAUCUUUUGCUGAUAAAGUUGUCCUUGAUGCCUAUUGUACGACUCAUUACAUCAAGCCGCUGGGCUGUGACAAAGUCGGUCGUUAUGCUGUAUCACGAGGGAACGGACAGUUAGAGACUGCCGAAAUCAAGGCUUCGAGCAGCCAUGUUCACUGCAUCUGCUUCUACUACUAUUUGGAUUCAACGAGCAGCUCCCUCGGUCUCGAUAUCCAACAGAUCAGCGCCAGUAAGGCAAGCGCCUACUAUCAAGCUGGUCUGUUCAAACUGGAGACGAAAGAGCUGAAGAAAUGGAAACAUGCUAACUUUGAAGUAGAUGUGAACUCGACGUACAGGCUUCGAUUCGUCUCGAGAGUUGCUGGCCGCGGCGUGGUCGCCAUUGAUGACAUCAUGGUUUAUGACGGUUCCUGCUCCUUCAUCACGCCAUUCUCGCCGCAAUCAGAAGCAGUUGUAAAAGGGUUUGAUUGCGACUUUGACUCUGGCAUUUGUGGGUGGAGCAUUCCACAAGGAGCGACCCACAAAUGGACCAGAAACCGAGGCAGUACUGGCACGAGUAAAACUGGCCCUCCGAGCGAUCGCAGCGGCGACGGUUAUUACUUGUAUGCGGAGGCAUCCUUCAUCAAGAGGAACACCCGAUAUGAUCUAUUGUCACCAGAGGUUCACCGCAGCAACCGCGGCUGGUGUUUGACCAUAUACUACCACAUGUUCGGCCGCCACAUGGGCUCACUCGUUAUUUUGUAUCGUCCGAUGGGUACCGAGACCGCCACACAACUUGUGAAAGUGUCUGGUAAUCAGGGACAGCGGUGGAAAGUCAAGAAAGUCACUAUAGAGUCAGACAGUGUCUUUCAGGUGAUCAUCCGCGCCAUCAUUGGUAACGGCAGCAAGUCGGACAUUGCCAUUGAUGACGUCAGUAUGAUACGAGGACGGUGCUCGGACACGUGUAGAGGGAAAAAAUAGUUACGGCACCACGGCACCAUUUUGACAUUUUCCAAGUACCCGAGCAUUUGACGCGGAUCUCUCUGUUCCGUCAUGGUAAAUAGGAUAUUCAUCUACGAAGGUCAUACUUUGUAUCGGUUCUGUCCUGCUCAUUUGGCAUUACCAGACUAUUCGGAAGUUUCUAGUUAUAGCAACCUCGAGUAAUCUCUAUCACUGACUGGAAAUUGGGUUCCGCGAUGUUAGCAUGAUAAAAAAAACUCAAUACGGAUGAGAGGGAUUCUGAAAAUUUCGAGAACCACAUUAUUCACUAGCGCAAAUGACCUUGCGGAAUGCAAACUCAUCUAUAAAAGCAAAAAGUGAGCGUUUCUCGUUUUCUUGCCAGCGCUUUUCCGAUAUUUAUAUUUCUGGUGCUGGAAUAAACAGCAAAGCGAUACAUCAUCUCGAUUGGACGACUUCGGAGACCACUAAAUUGGCUGCAGAGUAAUAAAGAAUACAGUUUUUGAUGGCAUUUUGCUUUGCAUUUCAUCAACAAUAUCGAGUUCCUUUUUUACGAGCAAUAACCUCUCACCGUCUUCCGACUUUUUUAUGAACGACCUACAACCUGGACUACUUUUUUUCUCUCGUCUGAUGGGUUUAGGCGGAGUCGGACCUGGCCGAAUAUUGUUGAGAAGUUUCCUGUAAAAGAGGGCCUGCAUCAUCGCGGUAGCCGGAUACCCGGCCGUUGAUACUAUAUCGUCUCUCCAAAUACUGCCAGUGAACUUCCAGCGGUAUAUUGCCUCCGUAGCCUCCGCCCCGCGUUGCCUGGAAGCUGAGCAAAGUCAGUUCGUUAAGGGUCAAGAUGUCGUCUAUCAUGAUCAACACAUUUUGCUUUGCGCUUAAGUCAACUCCCACUGUCAAGAUUAUGCACCGUGAACUGACACAUUUACGAAUAAUUGCACAUCUGGUAGAUAGGUCGAACCAUGGAGGUACUAUUUCAACUUGAUCGAACUGACGAGCACCUGAGUAAAUGUCCACAAAAUAUCUUCUGUGUGGAAAUUCAUUGAGAUGCUGUAGAUGUAACGACGACUGAACCAUACAUUACAGUUAUGAAUGUUAUCUCGAGAAGGAGUCAAGCUGUUUGGCGCAAUCAUCCAAGUA